AGUUAACCCUAGCCCCUCCCCAGAAGAAGAAAGAAAGAAAAUGUUUGCAAUGUUGUUAUUUUUGUCAAUGAUAUAUAUGGGUUGGAAGAUUGUAAAUUGGGUGUGGAUUAGGCCUAAGAAGAUCGAGAAACAGCUGAGGGCGCAAGGCCUCGCUGGGAACCCUUACAGGCUGCUGUACGGAGACACCAACGACAUGGCCGCCAUGAUCAGCCGAGCAAAAUCCAACCCCAUCAAACUCUCCGACGACAUCGUGCCCAGAGUCUUGCCGCUCCACCACCACGUCAUCAACAAAUACGGAAAAGCAUCCUUCAUAUGGAUUGGUCCAGUUGCAAGAGUUUUGAUAAUGGAGCCUGAGCUUAUAAAGCAAAUAUUGAUUAAUAACCACAUUUUCAAGAAGCCAACACACAACCCACUCGCCAAAUUUCUGGUCUGCGGAUUAUCCGGUUACGAGGAUCAAAAGUGGGCUAAGCAUAGAAGAAUAAUUACGCCAGCUUUCUACGUCGAGAAGCUCAAGCACAUGGUGCCUGCGAUGCACACGAGUUGUUGUGAAAUGAUAAAAAAGUGGGAAAAGUUGGUGGUGGAGGAGAAGAAGGGAAUAGAGAUAGACGUGCAGCCAUAUUUGGAGGACUUAACAAGUGAAAUUAUAGCAAGAACUGCUUUUGGGAGUAGACAUGAGGAGGGAAGGAGGAUUUUUGAGCUCCAGAAAGAGCAGUCGGAGCUCACGCGCCAAGUUCUGCAAUCCGUUUACAUCCCCGGAUGGAGGUAUAUCCCAACAAAGAGAAACAGGAGAAUGAAAGAGAUAAACAAUCAAGUGUGCAGGCAGUUGAGGGGCAUGAUCAAGAAAAGAGAAGAAUCCAUGAAAAGGGGAGAGAGUGCCGAUGAUGACUUGUUAGGCAUUUUGUUGAAAUGCAACGAGAGAGAGGAAGGAGGAAUGAGCAUUGAGGAAGUAGUAGAGGAAUGCAAGACGUUCUACUUAUCUGGACAAGAGAGCACUUCCAAUCUCUUGUCGUGGACGAUGCUCAUGUUGAGCCUCCAUCCCACAUGGCAGCAGCAAGCUCGAGAUGAAAUUUUUAGGGUUUUCGGAGAUGCACGCCCCCAUUUUCAUGGACUGAAUCGUCUCAAAGUUGUGACGAUGAUUCUGUACGAGGUGCUAAGGCUAUACCCGCCGGCAAUAAUAUUCAACCGGAUUGUGGAAAAGGAAACGGAAGUGGGAGAGAUGAGUCUCCCCGGCGGAGUGCACGUGUUGCUGCCCAUAAUUCUGAUCCACCACGACAAAGAGCUGUGGGGCCAAGACGCCCAACAGUUCAAGCCGCAGAGGUUUAGUGAAGGAAUCGCCAAAGCAACCAAGAACCGCCUCUCCUUCUUCCCCUUCAGCUGGGGGCCAAGGCUCUGCAUCGGCAACAAUUUUGCCCUAAUGGAGGCCAAGAUGGCUCUGGCUAUGAUCCUUCCACGCUUCACUUUCAAGCUUUCCCCGUCUUACGCUCACGCUCCUUCCUUCGUCGUCUCUCUGCAACCCCAGCACGGGAUUCAUCUCACCUUAAUCCAUAAACCAUGAUCGAUCCAUCCAUCACUUUAUUCUUUCCUUUAGAUCGCCUUCUUCAUGUAUUACCUAACUUACCUCAAUUCAAAUUGGUUUUCUUUGUGUUAAGUGGAAAGACUUUUUUGCUUAUUUGGAGCGGCCUUUAUCGGUUGGCCCUUCAGGCGGUUAAAGCAGUGACACAUCGGAUGAGAGAUCACCUAUACCACAAUUUAGAAGGGGUUUAGUUGAGCUUAUAAACUCUUUAAAACAACGUCUAAGUUGUUUAGGACCUUAUGAGUUCCCUAAAUGUUUGGCAAAGUAAAUUCCUUCAGAUUUUAUAAGCUGUAAAAAUAAGUUCUAGCAGCUUAUACUCUCCAAAAAAAUAAG